AUGUCGUCAAGCUUAGGAAACCAUUGCGAUGCACUUUUCACUUGUAAGUAUGCCAAGAAGGUGUGGACUUACUCAACGCUUUCUUUCGACUGGCAUGCUUGCUCUUCAAUGAAAAACGGUGAUUACUUACUGUAUCUCCAUUCAAUUCAUUCUAAAUCUGAAAUGGAACAAAUAUUUUGUACGCUGUGGUCGAUUUGGAGUGAAAGGAACAAAGUUGUGCAUGGACAAAGACAGAAACCAGCAAGAGAUUUAGCCUCACAUGUUCACACCUACUGCCAGAAUUUUCUUGCUGCAACCACAAAGUACCAUCCUGUUGCUUCUCAAGCCCAAAACGUAGCCACCUCCACAAACGUCAACAACAAUGUGCUGGGAGUAGGUGCUUUAAUUCGUGAUUCAAAUGGUCUUGUUAAGGCUGCUCUUUCAAUGCCAGCUAUUGGGAAUUUUUCUUCCCAUGAAAUGGAGGCCAACGCACUUUUCCAUAGCCUUAAUUGGACAUUACAACACGAUCUCCCAGUUUCACACAUUGAGACGGACGCACUUAUGGUUGUUAAUGCAUUGAAAGCUCCCUUCAAUUCAAUUUCUACUUUUCAUGAUCUGAUUGUUGAUGUUUCUUGUCUUUUGUCCUUUUUCCCUAAUGUAACUAUUUCUCAUGUCAAGCGUACAGCUAAUGUGGUUGUUCAUGGCUUGGCUAAGUUUGCGUUAGGGGUGGAUGAGACUUUAUCUCCUUCUUCCCCUCCUCGCGUCAUCUUGAUCCAAGUCCGAUGGACAGUCGUUCGUCCACAACCAAGAUGGACUGAAGAAGGAAUGAUUGAGGUUGGUGAAACCAAAGUUUUCGAUUGA